CAUUGUGAUCGCAAAUGGACAAAACAAAUAAACAAGGUUUUACUUGGUCAAAAGAACACGAAGAAGCGAUUUUGGAAGCUGUUGCCAGAGAAGUGGAAAUAUUCAAUGAGAUGGACAGAGAAAACAUGAAGUGGUUUGCUGAAUGUGCAACAAUUAGCCAAAUAUUAGCUUGGGGCGAAAAACACCAAAUACUUGAAAAAUAUGCGGAAGCCGAAAGAGACCAACACAUUUCAGAAUUUAGUGAAUCAAAAUCAACAACAAAAACUGAAAUGUGUAGAAAAAAUUACGGGAUAACACCAGAAGAUUUCGUCGAAAAAAUUGUUCCAGAGGAAAUCUCGUCUAAUAAGCCAGUAUUCCAAGAAGACAGUGGAACAGAAACAGGUGAGUUCAUUGGAGCUGUAUCGUCAAAUGAAAUUCGAGAUAUCGCGGAAGAAAGAGAGAUACAGCUGGCCCCGGAAUUUGAUAGCAUUCUCAAUUACGAUCCCAAAGAAGCUGGGGAUAUUGGAGAUACGAAAGAGCUGGUAAACGAUGUAAACACACAAUCAGAAUUACAGGGUAGCUCAAUUGAACUAGAACAGGUUGUCAAAAGAGAAAUGGACGAUGAAAUCUUACUCUUUGUCUCUAGCCGUAAAUCAGGAGAGCAUGCCGUCAAAAGUCCUAUCAAAAGAGGACCAGAGAAAGUUAUAACUAAAGAUUUUAUCCAAACGAGCCUUAACAAUUCAUUAACAAAUAUAAACCCCAUAAGCUCAGAAAAGACAAACACACUACCGAAUCCCAUAACAAAAAAACAACAGCACGCCAACACAAGUCCCAUCCAAUACAAUGAUAAGAGUCCAUCUCGGCCUCUAAUUAAUGUAAAAUCAGACAAUGAAAAUAUACCCAUAAACGAAUCGAAAAUUACCCAAAGUAACGCGCCUCCCCUCAAACCUGUCAUCACUAUGGACAUACAACACAAGAGUAUCACUUCUCUCGAAACUACAGCUAUAUAUGAACCCGUUGUAAACAAUUCAAUAAGGAUGACUCCCACCACCUCCAAUUAUGCAAAGACAAUGAAAACUAACGACAAGACCGAUCCAGAUGAUAUAAGCGUUUCUAAGAACUUGAAACCAAAUGCUAGUGUAUCCGAGCAUGCAUCUUAUGAUACUAGUAAUAAGAGACCUUUUAACUCCUUAGUUGAAGUAAAAUCGACGAUUGAAGUUAGCGAGGUUAUGCCACAGAAGCCAUUUAGAAAAAAACUCCGGCUCGCCAAUCCACAAAAGGUAUGCAGAGUAUAAGGUGCUAAAUUAUUUACUGAUUUUUCUUAUAAAAAAAGACACCCGUACAAGAGCAUAAAGAAGUAGAGUCUGUAGAGGUAAAACCUGAAACCGAGAUAGUGCCAGAAAAACCAAAAUCGAGAAUUCCGUCAUGGGCAACAGAACCAGAAUUAUCCCAACAUAUAAAAAAUCAAGAGUCUAUGGACCCAGAUAUGAUAUUUGGACCAUGCGCCCCAGUGAAUAUUUAUGAAAUAUUUAAAUGAUCUGUUCUUUGAAAUAAACGGCUGCUUUUUAUUCACCAAACGACAUCGAAGGAGCACUUCACUCCAAAACUAUCGCUAUUUUAGACGCCAAUUCGCUUCCUUCUUCUCUUAUCCAA